GCGGUACGGAUCAGUGCCAAACUGAGCGCAAAAUGAAGUUCGUCGUAGUGUUGGCGUGCCUGUUGGCGGCCGCCCUAGCCGAAGAAGGCUCCCCGAAGUGUACACCCUCACCAACCACGGCCAGCGGAUCCCAGGCUCGGGCUGGCCCGUACUGUUCCGGAGAUUUGAUUUUCGAGGAUAACUUUAACCAUUUGGACUUUGAAAAGUGGGAGCACGAGAACACCUUGGCGGGUGGUGGCAACUGGGAGUUCCAGUGGUACACUAACAACCGAGCAAAUUCGUACUGUGAGAAUGGCAUCUUUUACAUCCGUCCGACGGCUGUUGCCGACGAUACUGGCGAGGGCUUCCUAAGCAGUGGAACCUUGAACAUUCAUGGAGGACAGCCUGCGGAUCUAUGCACGGGACCAUUCUUCUGGGGAUGCGAACGAGCUGGAAAUCCAACGAAUAUCGUCAACCCAAUCAAGAGUGCUCGUGUCCGUACAGUGGAAUCGUUCAACUUCAAGUUUGGUAAGCUGGAAGUGAGAGCCAAGAUGCCAACCGGAGACUGGUUGUGGCCCGCGGUUUGGCUGUUGCCCAAGCGUCAGGUUUACGGCUCCUGGCCAGCUUCUGGUGAGAUUGAUCUGGUCGAGUCUCGUGGCAACUUGGAUUAUCGUGUCAACGGAGUUCACAUUGGUGUGGAACAGGUCGGAUCGACGCUGCACUUUGGCCCGAAUCCGAACCAGAAUGGAUACGAUACCACAUUGAGUUACAAGAACAGUGGACCAGGUCAAGGUUUCAACACCGGGUUCCAUCUGUACCAGCUGGAGUGGACUCCGGACCACAUCACGUUCAGCGUUGACAACCAGGUGCUGCGCCGUAUUGACGCUGGAACCGGUUUCUGGUCCAGGGGUGGCUUCGUAACGACAUCGCCCGCUUCGGAGAACCCGUGGAUGCACGCGUCGGUGAUGGCUCCGUUCGAUCAGGAGUUCUACAUCAUCAUGAAUCUGGCCGUUGGAGGUACCAACGGAUUCUUCCCGGAUGUUCCACCGGCAACCAACGGCAACCGUGGCAAACCGUACAGCAACAAUUCACCAGCCGCUGCUCGUGAUUUCUGGAAUGGUCGCAACAUUUGGCAGCCGACGUGGCAGAUGAACGUCAACCGGGGCAAGGAAUCGUCCCUGCAGGUGGAUUACGUCCGAGUUUGGGCACUGUAAAUUUUGAUUUGGAGUUUGAGGCAAUAUAAAUGCAAUUUUUAUGAUUUUAUUUAAAAAAAUA